AUGGCUGCGUCCUUGAGCUGUCGGAGUGUGAUAUCGGUGAGAAACAUGUUUACAUUCGGUCCAUAAUUUGACAACUGUUUGAGAUUAUUCUACUUUAAAGUGUUGUGAUAUAAUCUAACGAUGACCAUUUUUUGUUUUGAUACGUGGGCGGUGCUUGGAGAAAGAGCGUGUUUCUGGCUGGCUAGCCAAUGAUGUAGCAGCUAACGUUAGCCAAUGUUACUUGGCUGUUGUUCAGUGUCUUUGCUUUCUCACCUUUGCCCCACAGAACGCGCUUGCCAGAGUAGGCACUUCGAUAUGCAUCAACUCUGGAACACGAGCACUUCAUGUCACUGCAGCAUGCUGCAAGGUAUGUAUUCAAACUGACUGUUAUAGCCAUUGACUAUUGCCAUCCACAUUGCCUCACUCACUGGCUGGCUGCUAAAAGGAUUGCCUACAACUGGACAUCUGGUACUUUCCCUUUUGUGUUGUCAGAAUCGCGCAGCUCGUAUUCGGGUGGGGAAAGGAGACCGACCACUGACCUAUGAGCAAGCACUCCACCCCCACCACAUAGGCCACCGCAAGGGCUGGCUUUCCCAGCACACGAGUAAGUCACUGUCUAGUUUUCCCCCUGUAGCCCUCACACUUAUCUGACCUAGUACAAGAUAACUCAGUGUAUAGCGAGUAACAAAGUUACUGUCAUACGCUGGGCUAGGUUAUAGACUAACCAUAGUGAUCAGAUAGAAAUGCAAACAAACUUGAUAAUUGUCAUUGUGUGUCAAAGAAGCCUUAACAUUUCUGUCCCUAUUUCUCCCUCCAUCCCUCUCUUUAUCUCCUAGGUAACCUACAGGGAGAGGGAGGAGCAUCAGAUCGUACUGUGGAAGACGUGUUUGUACGACGUUUCCUCUUCGGAACUUUCCAUAACUGCCUGGCCAAUGAGAUUGUGAUUAAGCGAAGAGGCAACAUGCUAGUGGUUUGUGCCCUGAUGCUGCAGAAACUCCCUCCACAGAAGUUCUACUUCCUGAUUGGCUACACUGAGACGCUGCUCUCCCAUUUCUACAAGUGUCCCGUCAAGAUGGAGGUGCAGACCCUGGAGGACAAGGCUGUCUUCAAGUACCUCUGA